AUGAUUUCAACAAUAGGUUCUACAACACUUCAAGCCGCGAACGGCGGGACUCUGUCCACAACAACUUCACCAAACUCUUUAGUUAUGAAUCCAACAUCUAUGUUAGUAGAGAUGAAAAGCUUCAUUCCUUCUUCAUAUACUUUUGAGACAGAAAUACAAAGAAUUAAGCAAGAACUUUUAACAAGUAAUUUAGACUGUAGUGCGAAAGAUGAAACAAAUGAACAGUAUCUUUAUGACAUGCAGGAUAUUAUUGACCAUUUACCCAAAUUGCCUGAAAUCCAACAACAAAAGCUCACUAUUCAUGAAUUCGAUGAAAUAGAAGUGAAACCAACUGACUCAGUAGAAAUAAAGAAGUUCAUACGUAAAGUAAACUAUGAGUUUCUAGGAUAUCAUUGCAACCAUAAAGUUAUGGACAAAGAUUGCGACAUGGUAUAUAAGAACAUCUCUGACAUAUAUAAAUCUGGGGAGUUUAAGGCAUUCGACAACUUUGUUUCAUUAGUUGCUGAAUGUGUAUGGGAAAUAAGAGAUAAAGAUAGAAGAGGUAAGGUAUGGAAUGAACAGAUAAAACCAACAACUUUUGAGUUAAAGAAAACCAUUGACGCCUUAGUUGUUCUAGCAGGUCAAAUUUCAAUGUAUAACGCAAAAAUGAAUCCGCAAUGUUCUAAAUGUAAAGCAGCAAUGAGGAAAUAUAACUACUCCGUCAAAGAGAUAGAAAGAAUGAGAAACGACUAUGCAGACUUAAAGAAAGAAAUGACAAACAUUGAGUUUGAAACAGUUGGAAAGAUAGACAAUGACACCAAAGUGGUUAGAAUAGGUGAUUUAAACGUAAGAUACUCAAAGAAAUACAACAAAUAUUCUUUGUCAGACAUUAUAUCUCCAUCUGGAAAGAGACCGCAGGACUGGGUUAGAAUUGCUUCAACUCAGAAAAUUUUGACAAGAAAUCCUGAGCUUAUGAUAUCAGUAAAAUUCUAUGGAACUACAGCAUAUCUCAUCGACAAAAGUCUUAUACCAAUAGUUUUGUUAUGGAUUGACCCAGUUGUUGGAUAUAACUUCAUAACUUAUGGUUCAUUCGAUACGGAACGUUGCAGUGAAGGCUUACUUUACAUCGUUCAGAAACCGAAGGACUUCAACACAAAAAGAUAUAAGAUAGGAAGGACAUAUAAUAUAACUCUAAGAUAUGACAGUACAGUCAAUAGAGUCAAGGUUGUGUUCGUUAAUGAUAUGAGAGCUGCUGAAACAGAACUACUUGAAAAGUUUGAGAAAAUGUAUGGUGCUCCCAUAAAAGGUAAAGAAACGUUUGAAGUAGAUGAGAUAGAUAAAGCUAUAAAAUUAUUUGACGAAGUUGCUGAAAAAUACAUGUAA